AUGACCCAGAGAAAGACAGAAUGCUCAUGCUCGCGCCGGAGCUCCUCGACCACAAUCUCGAACCCGACCGCCUUUAACGAGCGAAGCGUCUCCUCCGCCCCGACCCUUUUCGUGGUCCAGCCACUUCUGCGUGACUGCGUCACCCAGCGCCGUUUCGGGAAAGUUUGCCAGGAGAUAGGAACCCGGCCGCAACCAGUCGAAGAUGCGGGCCAUGAUCACCCGCUGCUCGUCCGACGGCAGAUGGAUGAUGCUGUAAAACGCCAGCGUCGCGUCAAAGGUCCCGGCCGGGAACCGCAGGGCCAUCAUAUCGCCCUCGCGCCACUCGACUCUGUUCGGGCCGAACCCGAGCUUCUGCAGAUUCGCCUUGCCGGCCGCGACCUGGGAGCUGGACAUGUCGUUGGCCGUAACGCGGGCAGAGGGCAGCGUGGCGAGUACGUGCUCGGUCACUGGGGUUGCGGCCCCAGCGCCGAGCUCGAGGAUUGA